UUGGAGCUUGUGCUACUCUCUCUCUCUCUCUCUCACAAAUUACAAUGGCGCCGUCUUCUCAGAAACUGACCAGUGCUUCUUGUUUCGUCUUGAUCUUCUUCAUCUUCGUUGUCUGCUUUCUCACAUGGAACAAGGAAGUCUCUCCCUCAAGGAAGCUAAAAACAGAGGACUCACACUCACAGAGCUUUAACAUUUCAACAAUAGCGACCAGGCUUCACGGUGUAGAGUUGAAUGAACACGCAGUUCCUGAUCCAGACAAAGUUGCACAUGAGGUCGCUGCCCUUAUUCAGAUGAGUGAACAGAACAUCACUGCAAGGAGGAAGCUUGGUUUCUUUUCAUGUGGAAAUGGCAAUCUGAUAGAUGACUGUUGGCGUUGUGACCCUAACUGGUACAAAAAACGUAAACACCUAGCUGACUGUGGGAUAGGGUUUGGAAGUAAAGCUAUCGGUGGUCGUGAUGGACGUUACUAUGUGGUCACUGACCCGAGUGAUGAGGACGUUGUGGAUCCAAAGCUAGGAACUUUACGCUACGCAGUGAUCCAGGUUGAGCCAUUGUGGAUUAUCUUUAAAAGAGACAUGGUGAUAAGGUUGAAAGAAGAGCUGAUCAUGAACAGUAUGAAAACCAUUGAUGCUCGUGGUGCCAACGUCCACAUCGCCAAUGGUGCUUGCAUAACAAUCCAGAAUAUAACCAACGUUAUCAUUCAUGGCUUGCACAUUCACGAUUGCAAGAUAACUGGUAACACAAGUGUCAUAACCUCGCCAAGUCACUACGAACUGAGGGAUAUGGCUGAUGGUGAUGGUAUAAAUAUAUUUGGGUCAAGUCAUAACUGGAUCGACCACAAUUCUCUCUCUAACUGUGCUGAUGGUCUUGUUGAUGUUGUCUCGGGUUCCACUGCCAUUACCAUUUCCAAUAACCAUUUCACUCACCACAAUGAGGUGAUGUUGCUAGGCCACGCUGAUUCGUACACACGAGACAAGCUGAUGCAAGUUACCAUUGCGUACAACCAUUUUCGAGAGGGGCUCAAACAAAGAAUGCCAAGGUGCAGGUAUGGGUAUUUCCAUGUGGUUAACAACGAUUACACACACUGGGAAAUGUAUGCCAUUGGAGGAAGUGCAAACCCAACUAUAAUCAGUCAAGGCAAUAGAUAUGCUGCUCCUAAAAACCGCUUCGCCAAGGAGGUAACAAAAAGAGUAGGCACAGAAGAAAAUGAGUGGAAGAAGUGGAACUGGAGAUCAGAAAAUGACCUUCUAGUGAAUGGAGCAUUUUUCACCCCAUCAGGGGAUGGAGCAUCAGCAAAAAAAGCACAUGACUUAAGCUUACCAGCUAGACCAGCCUCAAUGGUGGACUCAAUCACUGCUACUGCAGGUGCUCUUGGUUGCCGCAGAGGGAAACGUUGCUACUAGUAAUAUCACUCUUGCAAACCAUUAGUAGUUUAUGUAUACGAUAAAACCUAACCCCUUUCACACAUAGUAGCAAGUGUGAGAAGCUGUUUUCUUCUUCUGAAUGGUAGAGAGUUUGGUGAACCUCCACUUGACAAUAUGAGCAAGCGCAUGAAGCGUUGAUCCAUUGUUAGGAUAUAGUAGGAUAUGAUUGUACCAAAUCAUAUCUCUUAGC